CCUGUAACGUAAAUAAACUUUAUAGUCCGAUUUAUUGAUAUUCAUGGCAAUAAAAUGCAUAAAUUGACGUUGUUUGUGUUUUUAUUGAAAGUAAACAAAAGUACGAUAAUUUUCUUGUCAGUACCAUAAUUUUACGGCCCUGAUACCAUAAUUUAGUCUGUCAAGGUUGGGAAUACUGCGUAGCAGCAAACCGUAGAAUACUUCGGCAUAAGCAAUGCCCAGUCGAUUCUGUAUGGUCUAUGACAGUCUAUGAUAUUGAUCAGUAACUGUCGAAAAACGUCAGAAUAAACAAAAUUAUGUUAUGCGAAGCCCUGAAGUUGUUUAAUCGCUGUGAUGACUUCGUCUAUUGAAUCUGUUGUGUACUUGGGACUCGCUGCUCUGCUGUGGGGUGCUACCAAUCCGUUCAUCAAAAAAGGAUCCGAAGGCUUGCAGUAUGUCAAAGCAAGCUCACCGUGCAGACAAUUAGCUAAAGAAGUUGUGUUUCUCGUCACAACCUUGAAAUAUAUAAUACCAUUUGUAAUCAAUCAGUGUGGUUCGGUCCUUUACUUUCUUGCACUUCAAAGUGCAGACCUGUCUCUGGCUGUACCAGUUUCAAACUCACUCACGUUUGUAUUCACCGCAAUUAGUGGAUGGUUUUUGGGUGAAGAGAAAUCUGACAGAAUCACGUCAGUUCCAUCCGACUGUACAAAAAAUCCUAAUGCAUCUACAUUUCUGACGUUUAGAUACCUAUAUCGGCAUGGUACUAAUAUCAGUUGGAAUAACGCUAUGCUGCAUUGACAAAUUGGAUGCUUCCGUACAACAACUGAAAUAACCUUCCAAUGUUGGUGACAAUAGUUUAUUUCUAAUACCGACGACAUAGAGAUCAGUUAAUAUGAGGACCAGUAGAAGUCUUGGGCGCAUUCAAUCGGCUGAGCAUCGGAGAAGUCUUAUAGCAUUGGACACAAUCGUGACGCUUCCAUGGACGCGUGUGCAGUAUCCAUCGAUUCCUGUGCAGGCUAGAACUGCUGGUUAGUUUCUACUUCAACUAUAUUGUGAAGAGUGUUGGAUAACUCUGUGACUUUAUUCUGGUGUUCAUAUUCAACGUUGCUGUAUCGGGUUCAAAGCAUUUCAAGCAAAUGAAAAAUACUGAAAAACAAAUUUUUCAUUCUUACAUUCUUAAAAAUUUUUAGUUAUUGUUCCCUACCACUGACAGUAUUAUACAUAUAAUCUUGUUAUUUGCACUUCAAAAUAUCGAACACUCUUACUUAUGUUUUGUUGGUAUUUCGCUAGCUGCUUUAUUAAUCGUUGUAUAGUCGUAAUAUAGGAGCAGCAAUGUAAAAAAUCUGAACUAGUUAGUGGUAUUAGGCUGUGAUCUUAAUUUUGAUCAGCAUUACUUGUGACACGUGACGAGAAGUUGACUAGCUGGAAUUACGUUUAUUUAUUUUUCAAUUAUUUCAUAUAUAGUGUUACAAAGUAUAACUUGGUUUGGAGCGCACUCCUCCCUGUUUAUUUUCAACAUUCUCUUCGUACGAUUAGCAGUACUGUCAGCCUAGAUUAAUAAUUCUAUGUAAUUUUAACACUUGAUCAUUACACGUUAAUGGUUAUGGUAUUUACAUACAAAUUUAUUGGAUUUCUGUUCUCUUCUAUAUAUACAGACACGCACUUAGCACCGAUCCGAUUUUAAAAAAACCAACAUAUCUUGAAGAUGUUUGAAAUUUCAUUCAACAGUAAAUCGAAGCAUACAAAUUUCUGUAUAAAAACGUCUGCAGAGUAAAAUCUUGCUUGUUACUGCAUUAUGUAGCAUCUGAAUGAUGGGGGAAAUUACAAUUUCAGUGAUGAUAAAUUACAUGAUUAUACUGUUACAUUAAACGGUAAGUUGAUGAACAAAAAGAAACGUUAAAACUUAAAUUAGAUUAAUCGAGAUAUUUACAAUAUACAUGCUUGUCACGGAAAGCCAUAGAAGAAAAAGAAAACAGAAAAAAAUUAUAUAUGUGGUAAAGUGAAUCUUUAAUAUUUAUUAUAUAAGUACGUUUUGUCUCUUCUGGAUUAAAUGAUAUUCUUUGAAAGGCAUCACAUGCUUAAAUUAGCUGUCUCCAUAAAUGCCUUUACUUACAAAAUUUAUUCACACAGCGUUAUAACGGACAAUAAUUGUACGACAUUCCACAUAUUUAUAGAUUAAUGACAAACACAUCAUGCUUAUAUCCUAAGUAUGUAGAUGAUUUUUCAGUAAUUUUGAUUCAUUAUGUUAUUAAGUAGAGUACAUGUACAAGAUUUACAGAAAUGGCACUCUGAUUCACGGUAAGUGAGAAAUAUGUUACGGAAAUGUUAAAUUUGAGAAUCUAUUAUUAUGGUUUUCAACGUAAAGAAAUGAGACAAACGACAUUUAGUCUUUUUUAAGGGGUAAAUAUUCAGAGCAGUUUAAUAUUUCGUGCCUGUGAUAAACUAUUUCAGUAACUUCUAUUAGGGACGAGAAAAUUUUACAACACACAUGCAAUGUUCUUUCUUCUGGUGAAAAUUUACUUUCAUAAAUUUAUCAGAGAGAGAAUUAGAUAGAGAAAUAUGUAAUUAAAAGUUGGAGAAAAAGAGCGAGAUCAUGAACUUGAUAGAUUUUUCUCUUCACUGUAUUAUUCAGUGCUGCUCAGUAUUAUUUGAAAAUUAAAACGGUAGAAGAUUUUCAGUCGAUCUUAGUCUGCAUUUUCAUUUACUUAGUUCCCUUUUUUUUUUUUUUUUAACACAACUGGCUGGUUCAAAUUGCACGCUACUCAACUUAUAUGCGCAAUCAGUUCUUGCAGCUUAUGCGUGUGUAUACUGUACUCCACGAG